CGCCGACCAGCAACAUUAAUACCAGCACAGCGCCUUCGAGAUUAGCCUGAACGUCUUCCAACUUCACCGGAUCCAGUCUUGUAUCUUUCAGCUGUCAUAACCGCAUAGGUCACGCCUUUUCGCUGCUUUCUUGCGCACACGAGCUACUGGGCGCGAGUUACGCUCUUCAGACGAUCAGGCCAUCUGUACGUAUAAGAGGGUUGCAUGCUUGCAAAACCACUUAGCACAGCGGUACCACUCCUGUCUCGCAGGAUCCUUAGGCCAACGACCACCUCGCUGUUGCUGUUUGCACGCGGUUUCACCAGCUCUCGACGAACGAUGGCGCCUCCUCCACCCUGGGAUCCAAAGACGACCCCAUACCCCUCUGCCCGCCGCUCAACACACGUCGACAUAUACAAGUCGGUAGCCAAAGGCGAAGUGCGCGUACCCGAUCCAUACAACUGGCUGGAAGAGAACUCGAAGGAGACGGAGGAGUGGGUGGAGAAGCAGGUCGAGUUUACCGGCAAAUUCAUCCAGCAAGGACCGAGGGAGCAGUUGUACAAGGCGAUCAAGGAGAACUUCAACUAUCCCAGGUUCAGCAUGGCUUCGAAGAAGAACGAUGGGAACUACUAUUGGUACUACAACUCUGGUCUCCAGGCACAGAGUGUGCUCUACCGCGCUUCCGAGCUCCCGACCGGAGAGGCACUGAAUAGCGCUGGUGGUGACGUCUUCUUCGAUCCGAAUGUGCUCACCGAAGAUGGCACCGCUGCGAUCACCGUGGCGAAGUUCUCCAAGAGCGCGAAGCUUUGGGCAUACGGCGUGAGUUUGUCUGGCAGCGACUUCUUCACGGUGUAUGUGCGGGAUACCACUGCCAAGUGGACUGGGAAUCCAGAGGACGGAAAGCUGAAGGACGAAGUGCGCUUCUGCAAGUUUUCUGAUGUGACAUGGACCCACGAUGAGACGGGAUUCUUCUACCAACGGUUCCCUACUCGGCCAGAGCACGGCGCCGCAACCGAGGACAAGGCUGGAACCGAGACCACGAUGGAUACGAAUGCCCAGCUCUAUUAUCACCGCAUCGGGACGACACAGGCGGAGGAUAUUCUGGUUCACGAGGACCCAGAGAACGAGCACUAUAUGUGGGCCACGACGGUAACAGAGGUAGAUGGGAGGUACCUCCUGCUGUCAACGUCUAAGGACACCGGGCCUACCAACCGGCUCUGGAUCGCAGAUCUGAAGGAUGCGGGAGUCGGCCCGAACUUGCAGUGGAUCAAGCUGGUGGAUAAUUUCAAAGCCGAAUAUUCUUACAUUGCAAAUGAUGACACGAAAUUCUACUUUCAUACAAAUCUAGACGCGCAGCGCUAUCGGGUUAUCUCGAUUGACAUCGCAGCAGCCAAACCGGAGUGGACUGAAUGGCUCCCGGAAGAUCCGAACGGCGGAAAGUUGGAAAACGUGAUUGCCCUUCCCGGCAACCUGUUCAGCGUCCAAUACUCGCGCGAUGUACGCGAUGUAGUGUACCUAUACAACGCGGACGCCAAACCUGUGCAGCAGAUCGCGGAAGAUUUCAUUGGGACGAUCGACACAUCGGGUCGGAGAGACAGUGAUGAGCUGUGGCUAUUUAUGGUCGGGUUCACAACGCCAGGAGCGGCGGGCCGCUGGGUGGUCCCAACGGUUGCGAGGGACGCUGGGGUGGCGAAAUAUGGCGGGUGGAAACCAUGGCGGACGACGGAGGUCGCUGGCCUUAGGGCGGACGAGUUUGACGCGGAGCAAGUGUGGUAUGUGACCAAGGACGGGACAAAGAUCCCGAUGUUCGUGGUGCGACACAAGACCACGCCGAGGGACGGGACGGCGCCCGCGAUUCAGUACGGAUACGGCGGAUUCUCCAUCUCGAUCAAACCUAGCUUUGCGGCCUCGAUCCUUACGUUUAUCAAGCAUUUCCGAGGUGUUUAUGCCGUCGCGAAUAUUCGUGGUGGAGGCGAGUAUGGAGAAGCAUGGCACGAAGCUGGGACGAGAGAGCGGAAGUUGAACGUGUUCGACGACUUCAUUGCUGCAACCGACUAUCUGGUCUCGACUGGCAUUGCCGGAAAGGGGAAGGUGAUCAUCAACGGUGGAUCGAAUGGUGGGUUGUUGGUGGGUGCGUGUGUGAACCGCGCCCCAGCGAACACGUUCGGUGCGGCGAUCGCUGAUGUGGGAGUGAUGGACAUGCUCAAGUUUCCUCUGUUCACGAUCGGGAAAGCGUGGGAGGCAGACUACGGGGCACCCGGUGACCCGAAGGACUUUGACUUCAUCUUUCCAUAUUCACCUCUCCACAAUGUGGACGCGGAGAAGGUGUAUCCUCCCCUGCUCCUGCUAACGGCAGAUCACGAUGAUCGCGUCGUGCCGCUGCACUCCUUCAAGUUGGCGGCAGAGUUACAGCACACCAAGGCGGACAACCCGCACCCACUCUUGAUACGAAUCGACACGAAGAGCGGGCACGGAGCGGGGAAGAGCACAGAGAAGAGGAUACAAGAGGCGGCAGACAAAUGGGCGUUCGCGGCGAUGUGCCUGGGGCUAGACUGGGUAGAGUAGGAUAUUGUGGUGUGAAGAGAGCCGGAGGCAGGCGUUGUCACGUGAAUUGAAAGUCAGAGUGGUUCGAAAGAGACGGAAUGUUCGGAGGCAUUCAUACUCCCAGUGGUGGUGGCAGUGGGGCGGAACCACGGAGUUAUAAAUGUGACUGGAGGUACGUGACAGCCGCGGCCGAGUGAUGGUGGAUGGUGGGCGGUGGAUGGCGAGAAGAAAAGUAAACAAAAUCACGCGUCGCCGUCCCCCUUCUCUCUUCUCUACGUUCACCAACCACCCCCAGCGUGGUUUGCUUGCUCUCUCUCAUCUUGAGCUCUCUGCGCAAUGCCUUGCGUUCCAAAGACUCCCAAAAAUGAGCUGCUAUUAGCCCGAUGGACAAAGAAGCUUGAAGAAACCGCGCAGAGGAACGCGGAGCGCACGACAGUGCGCCGGACGUUAAACGAACGGAGGUACAUCGUGGGCGAUGUAUCAAAGAACAGCCCGCUCGCACAACAUCUCGUCAAGGGGGCUCUUAGCCAAAGGGCGGCACUGCCCUGGUCUGCAAAAUUGGAACGCCGCAUCGACAUGGCGGCGUUCUAUUUCGGACUGUUCAACUUCCCAUGCCAUACUAUAACAUGGGAAAUUGAAGAGUCCAGCAGUGCUUGUGCUCGGGGCGAAGACAUUGAUAUGGAGGACGCUGUGGACGACGACGAGGCGACACCGAUGGACGUGGAUCCGGUCUCGUGGGGAUGGGACACAACAUACCCGUCCCCUCAUGUACCCUCGGCCCCAGUCCCGUACCCCCAAGCCCUGUUCCCCCCAGCCCCUUCUCCCCCAUUCUCGUCGCCCUCAGUACCAUAC